CACAAAAGGUUGAGAACUGCUCGCUUUAGCUGGAGAUCUGGCUGGGGUCCCCCAGGGAGUGAAGGUGGUUGCUUCUGAGGUGUGAGUGAAGGCUCCGAGAGGCUGGGAUGUGGUGGCUUGUGAGCGGAGGGGAAUGUAGCAGGAGGUGAGCAUCGUGGGACCUUCAGGACCACAGAGCAGCAUGGACGAGCUCUCCCUGCAAGGAAGAGGAGGAGGUGGUGCAUCCACCCUGGCGAAUGAUUCCCUCGUUAAGGAAGGCCAGGCGGAGAGUGACAAUCCCGAGCUGUCCUUCCGAGUGGUGAUGGCCGCUUUGCUGCUGCUCCUCAUCCUCUCUACCCUGCUGGGCAACACCCUGGUGUGCAUGGCUGUCGUCAAAUUUAGGCACUUGCGCUCCAAGGUGACCAACUUCUUUGUCAUCUCCUUGGCCGUCUCGGACCUCUUUGUGGCGGUGCUGGUGAUGCCCUGGAAGGCGGUCACGGAAGUGGCCGGCUUCUGGCCUUUUGGCGGCUUCUGCAGCGUCUGGGUGGCCUUUGACAUCAUGUGUUCCACGGCUUCGAUCCUCAACCUGUGCAUCAUCAGCGUGGACCGCUACUGGGCGAUCUCCAGCCCCUUUCGCUAUGAGCGGAAGAUGACCCAGCGGGUUGCUUUUGUCAUGAUCGGGGUAGCUUGGCUGCUCUCGGUCUUGAUCUCAUUCAUACCUGUCCAGCUGAGGUGGCACAAAGCCGCCAGCGAGCUGCUUCUUGCCCAGGAGACUGACUCCAACGUCACUUGGAGCCCAGAGGAGAACUGUGACUCCAGCCUCAACAGGACCUAUGCCAUCUCCUCCUCCCUCAUCAGCUUCUAUAUUCCUGUUGCUAUCAUGAUAGUGACAUACACCAGGAUCUUCCGCAUCGCUCAGCGGCAGAUACGGAGGAUCUCUUCUCUGGAGAGGGCGGUGGAGCAUGCCCAGAGCUGCCAGAGCGACGACUACCCCCAAGAGGUCUCCUUGAAGAACUCUUUCAAGAAAGAAACCAAAGUCCUCAAGACCCUCUCCAUCAUCAUGGGUGUCUUUGUCUUCUGCUGGCUUCCCUUCUUUGUGCUCAACUGCAUCGUCCCCUUCUGCGACCACAACCUGCACGUGCUGGGAGACCUGCCCUGCGUCAGCGACACAGUCUUUGACAUCUUUGUCUGGUUUGGCUGGGCAAACUCCUCCCUCAACCCCAUCAUCUAUGCAUUCAACGCUGACUUCCGGAAGGCGUUUGCCACCAUCCUGGGCUGCGGCCGUUUCUGCCCGAGCAACGCUGUGGAGACGGUGAACUUCAGCAAUGACCUGGUUUCGUACCAUCACGAUACCACCUGCCAGAAAGACAUGGUGACCCUGAGUUACCCCCACCUCCUUCCCCAUGCUGCUGCCCUCCAAGGGGAGGACCAUGAGCUCCCUUUCGACGUCGCCUCCAACGCCACUCAAGAAAACGUGGCUGUCUUGUCCGCCAUAGUGCAUGUGGAGUGUGAGACGGAGGUAUCGCUGGAGAAGAUCAUGACCUUUACCUCUAGAGUGCUGGACCGAAAAGACUAAGGGUGGUUCUGGUGAAAGCCAUUACUUCCACCUGUGGUCAAAAUGCGGUGGAAUGCAUGUACAUAGAAAAUUUGGAAGCUGCCUUAUACCGAGUCAGACCAUUGGUCCAUCUAGCUCAGCAUUGUCUAUACUUCAGCCCUCCUGCAGCUGUUGGCCUACAACUCCCAUAAUCCCUGGCUAUUGGCCAUUGUGGCUGGGGAUUGUGGGAGCUGUAGUCCAAAAACAGCUGGGGGGCCUAGGUUGAGCAGGCCUGGCCUAUACUGAUGGGCAGCAGCUUCUCCAGGGUUUCAGGAAGGAGUCUUUCCCAGUCCUAUCUAGAGACGCUGUUGGGGAUUGAACCUAGGACCUUCUGCAUGCGAAGCAGAUGCUUUUCCACUGAGUUACAGCCUGGAGGGAGGGUAUGGUUUUAAUGAUGGACCCUUGGACUGCAAAAGGUUUGUACCUAUCUUCUUAGUAAGUGUGUGCCGCUGAAGUGUCUCUUGAUAUACCUAAGGAGGAGAAUAGGAUACUGAGUUCUCCCCCCACCCCCUUUUUCUGGUGCCUUCCAGCACCAGCUGUUAGUGAGCGAGUGCCUAUGUCAUUUGCAUGACUUGUGUGAAACUCAAUUCAUAUCAAAUAAAGUCUUUCCUGGUGGCAA